ACAAGGGAGCUACAGUACUGACAAACCUGAAGUCCGGCAGAGGGAAUCCCCAGAGAGCAGGAGUAUAUAACCUACCAGAUAAGAAGGCAGCAUCUCAGAGCAGCUCAUUGACCCGACUCACUGCACCGCAGAUAUCGAUCAGAACAAAUCAGAACAGAAAGAUGGCAAUCUUUAAUAUCUGCUUCUCCAGCUGUGUCCUGCUGAUGCUGACCCUGUUUACGCGCACAUCCACAGGACUCCCGGUGCGCGCGCUGAGUUCAGUGAAGUGCAGAGAGUGUUCAGUGCUGUUCAGGGACCUCCUGCUGAAUAUCACAGAGCUACUUAACAGCGAUCUGCGUUAUGGCAUCACGUCUGAUGAAAUAGUGGUGAAGAGUAAAAGUGACACAGCAGUGGCCUGUGCACCCAAUCUGAUUCAGAACCCAGGCUGCAUGAUGCAAAGAAAUUCAUCUUUCAGUGAGAGCGAAUGUCUGCAUAACAUCAUUAAGGACCUGGCUCACUACUCUGCUGCUAUAGAGUCCUACAUCAACUCCACACACCGCAGGAGUGACACAGAAGUUCAACUUCUGAAACCAACUCUGGGAAUGAUACAGAGCCUGAGGAAGAACUGCUCCCUGAUGCCCGAUGAAGAGGAGGACUCCUCAGAGGUGGAGGCUGCUCAGCUGUGGGGAAACAGCAGCUUCACUAACAGGCAGCAGAUGUAUAAGAUGAUGAGGGGCUUCUACGUCCGGACCAUCACCAUCAGCCGAGCCAUGGGCUACAUUGCUUCAGGAGACCACAGGAACUAAAAUAACCUGCAUCUUCAUUAUCAUCAUCAUCAUCAUCAUCAUCAUCACUGCAAAUCAAUCCAACAAUAUCUCUACUCUUUUCAAUCAUCCCAGCUAAACAACCUCUACUGAUUCUUUACUACCAUUUACAUCUACUCUCUAAGUAGAGCUCGACGGUGCACAUGCUGCUUUAGUAUCAGCAUAGUUACUUCAGUCUCUGGAGUGAGGGCCAUGUUGGCCCAUGUGAUGAAUGUAAUCCAAUAUUUGGGGGAAAUGUAUCAAUUUAUUUGAUAUUUAUUUAUAAUAUCUAUUUAUUUAUCUAUUUAUCUAUUUAUG